CGCAUUCAUAUUUCCUCGUAUCGCCAUCAGACGUCAUGUUGUCUACUACUAGACUGACAUUUCUUCGAAUUUCCGCACGGUGGGUUCACACCGUGAAACCUCACAGACCAUCGAUUCAGUUUCCAGAAAGAAAAAGAGGACAUGCUCAAAUGGAGUCGAAUAGCGCAGAAACACAAUCAUCGUCAGCUCAAGUUAGUCAAACAACGGAAACCCAAACAACCCUGAUUCUGAAUCCAGGGAAUGCUACACAACAAGACCUGCAAGCAUUUCUUUCACUGCCUCAUAGAUACCAGAGACGGCAGUUGACUGAAGCAGAGAUAGAAGCAAUAAAUAUGGGUGGAGAAAGGUGAUGCUGUAAGUUUACAGUGUAACGUAAACUGAUAGAAAACGUCAUGUCAACUGGUGGAGAUGCCAACUGGUCGCUCCGGUGUUUGGUACAGUUUAUAUUACGCGCGAGAGUUGUAAAAAAUUAUAUUUCAUUAUGAAUGUUACAAAUACAAAAGGUAGGCAAACCACACUAGCUAGACCAU